UAUAAAGUGCGCGCCCGGCCACCCCACUCUCUCCCCACAUUCACCACAACACGACUACCACGAAGCACCAACCCACCUAACAGCUGCUCCUUUCGCCGAGCAUGACGACCUGCAGCAUCUGCCUCGACGAGCAAAAGCAGCCCGUCUCUUUGCCUUGUGGCCACAUUUUCUGCUACCCCUGCAUCGUGCGCGUCAUCGACGCCGUCAAGUCGUACACUACGCUUCACUGCUGUCCGACAUGUCGGAACCCAUAUACCGUUGUGAACAUCGACCCCGCACUCGUCCCAGCCUACCUCCGCCCCCACAUUAUGCCCAGCAUCCGCAAGCUGUACAUGGACAGCGAUGAGAAGAAGCCAGCGGCGCGCGCAGAGAACGCAGACACCGAGUUCAUCGACCGCGCUCGGAUGCAGGCGGAAAACGCUGCGCUCCGCGCCAACUGUGGCCUGUGGCGCAAACGCGCCGAGGUACACGCGGCGGCGACAUUGGGGCUCCUCAGCCUCGUGCGCCAAGCGCGCGAUUGUGCUAUCCAGAUGAAGAACGAGCGCGAUGAAAUCGCGAGGCGAUAUAACGUGUUGAAGCGCAAAAGCGAGGAUGAGGAGUAUACCCGGUCGUCGUCGUUCUCUCCUCCCCGCGAGACAGCGUGCGCCUUCAUGACAGUGCCGCACCUGUCCAGCUUGGCGAGCAAUGACUCUGCCACCACGGCGUUCUCGGAGCCUCGAGUGCCCGAGACGCCGCACCUGCCCUGGGCAACACCAUCCAAGGACAUCCUGGACGGUGUACCUGCCCUCAAGCGCCGGCGGACGGCCUCUCCAGACCCUUCCCCAAAGCGCUCUCGCCGACACUCCCCGAGCCCGGAGAGCCCGGCGGUGGAGUGCCCGCGCAAACAGCACACCUCAUGCUGAGCUCCUUGGCUACGGCCUCGAGCUAUGUUCUCGCCUCUUUACUCAUUUGGACGUGGGCCUUCGUUCGCCGUUCUUCUCAUUUCUCGCGCAUAUCUCCAUCGCAUGUUCCUGUCUAGACGCACACUCGCAUUCAUAGACAGACACAUUCUGUACCGGUACAUUCACUCUAAGAUUAUGGUUAUUGGGCUCGGGUUACCUACUGUAUUUCUACUGCUAUACCACAUGUACAUGUCAUCACUACUCCAUCCUUCUCUCGUAUAUGUUUGACCAAGGAUGCACAAACAUCAUUAAUUGCUACCAACUCGAUGUGACUUUCCUUCCGAAGCGCUAUCGAAUAGACCAGCCAUGAGAGGCAAGAGCGAGACCAGAAGGUAUUCAAUGAGGAUGUUGCAUGUUUCGCAACCCUUCCUCGGGUCGAAUCGGAAUGCAUAAAGGCUCUAAGAUGUAGAGAGAUCGUUGCGAUAUGGCGGCGGGCACCGCGC